AUGCAGCAGAACAUCGAGUCCGCCUUGACGGCCUUGGCGAAACAGCAAGCGGAGGCAUCGACAUCUUUUAGUCUGUUUUCCGCCUCAACCAACGUGUCGUCGCAGACCCAAGACAUUAUCAAUAGGGUCAGCUCCAGCAUAACCAUCCAGACGUUGCAGCAAGCUAUCCUAGCCCAGAUGACCGAUCAACAUGUCAACAUGUCUUUCACCGGCAGCACCGCCAAAAACCUCCGCAUCUCCGCCACCGUCAACGGGAUCCUCAAGGCCAUACAGAACAGCUCUAGCACCGCAACCUUGGUUAACCAGCUCGCCACUCAGAUGACCGCGGAUUCCGCUCAGACGGCCAAACCGGUCUGCUCGUCCGCGUGUUGUGGUCUCGCGUACUACGGCCAGCAAAGCGGCGGGGGCGGCGCUGGUGGAGGCGGCAUGCCCGACCCCGCAAUGAUGGCCGGGUUGAUGGGCGGCGGUGGGGCCGCGGGCGGAGCGGGGGGCGCGGCCGGGUUGCAGGCCGCGUUGAGCAACCCUGCGACGCUCAGCGCGCUCGUCAAAAUGGCGCCGAUGCACAUAGUACCUUCGCCCAAUGCCCACCCCUUGCAAAAAGAACCAAAGAAGGAACCCGGUGACCAAACGGUGCAUCAAGAAGGGUGGCGCAACCGACAAAGCCCUACGAGCGGGACGGUACUCGCAGAUUCGAACUUCAGCGAAGUGGGCCAAGCGCCUUUCGAACACGAACAGGACGAGCGCAAAAGGCCGCAAAAGCCGGGGGGCCUCGGCUACUCUCUUCUACGUAGGCACCGUGAAAAGGGGUCUCAACGGGAAAUACUGGCGGGUCAAGCGGAAAAGCAAUGGGAUGAGUUUAGACGCCAGGACCGCUUGCGCCAGGAACCACGAUGGCUACAAGGGAGCCCCGUCCGUGGACCUAAACCCACCAGCUCGGGGUUCCUGCGCGCGUUGAUACAAAUAUGCCAGGGACAGACCUACGCGGACGUCAUGGCGUUCCUGGAACGUGAGCUCCCUGCUCACAGGAGCUUCGGCGCGGUUGAGAAACCCGACGUGAUCAUAUACCAAUUGGCGAGGGAGAUACCCUCUAGGCACCUAACCCCCUUCCCCGCGGCUUGGGGUCCCGUUGAGCCCGUCAUCAACGUGUACAUCCACUUGAUUCUUGAACUCAUGCGGGCAUCAAAGGCAUCUACCCUAAGGAGGGCUAUGGUCUACUUCUGGCGCGAUAUAGGUACGGCAAUGGCCAUGCUGGGUCGGAACUGGCGCCCCCAUAUCAUGGGGCACCAGGUGUACACCUUGAGGAACGUAUCUGCGGAGCUGUCAAAGCUUUGUGCGGCAUACUAUGCAUUGGAGAAGGUGUUGGGGGCGUGA